AUGGGUAGAGCCAUAGAUGACGUUGCUUCGUCUGUCACUGAGAGAGAUAUCGAGGUCAAGAAUAGGAAGAGAUCAGCUGCUUCUUCUGGGCAGUCUCAGAUUGAAAGGGUUCCUCGCAAGAACCUACGCUCAUCCUCCAUCCCAACCACCAUUGACAUCACGACUGAUUCUCCUAGGGAUGAGGUCCUUGUGAGCUUUCCUGCUGACUUUCUAGCUGAAGAAGGUCUAGAAGGUGGGAUCUGGCCUGCAGCUGACAAGCUCGUAUUCCCAGCUGCACAAAAGAGGUUAAAGGGACAGGACCCUGAGGUCAUCCUGAACCAUGCUGUCCAGCUAUCCCUACAGCUUUCCCAGAGUUGCAUAGCUGCCAGGGACAGCUUGCGGACUGUUGCUACCCUUCAGGAUAAGGUGGCUCGUCUGCAAAAGGACAAUUUGAGCCACCAAGCUAAGCUGGAGAGGGAGAAACAGUCCCGGCUGGAUGCUGAGAGCAAGUUAGCUGCUGAACAAAAAUUGAUGGAGAAAGAGAGGCUGGAAAAAGAUGAGAAGAUAGCUGAGGCGGAGAAGGAAAAUGCACGCCUGGCUGCAGCUGUAAGAGAAGCUGAGGAGAGGGCUUUAGACACCAAGCUGAAGCAAAAAUUAUCGAAACUGCGAAGCUAG